UCAAAUCAAUCAGUCAUCUUUUUUUGCCGUUGCGGAAGGAGUCGUCCAUGAGUCGUCUGCCUAUUGCAAAAAAUAUUAUAAAAAAUAUAAUAUGAUAUGCGAUACGAUAUAUAGUCGGUUAUGGCUGUGAAUGGUUUUAAUGUUUCCAAUCUUGGCUUUUAAUACUAGGUGGAUAUUGUGUGUAGUUUGUCAAAUAAAUGAGCGGGGAAGCGGCUGUCAGUGAUAUUGAUUUAUUUUUCAAAGAAGUUCAAACUUCAGUGGUGGUUUGAGGAUGAAGGGGUGCGUGUGAUGAGUGGGCGGUCGUUCGUGAAGGCAAGGAUCUCGUGGAAAUGCCGGGGAGUGGUAGAAUGAGCGGCCAAGAUGAAGACUAAGAGUUUCCUGCUGUUCUCGACCUCGGUGUUCGCGACCAGUCUGUUCCUGAUAGUGUUCCACUCGCAGCAGCCGCAGUCCAUCCAGAAUAUCGUGUCGCAGACGCACCAGCACAUCAAGGACUUCCAGGAUAACCUUCGAGAUGUGGAAGAGAACCACCUGGUGGAAGAGGAGCGCUACCUCAAGAUCCUGGGCCUCUCGGGGCACGUGGAAACCUGGCACAACACGACAGUGCCGGUAAUAGUGACACAUGUCCGGGAUGACCCUGCCAUGGCUGUGAGCUUCGUGAGGGCAGCGGCGAGGCUGCCCUACACCGUACUGCUGUACAAUUUAGGAUUAAAACCCAAUUCAUUGGCUGUGGUCUCGGGCUACUGCAACUCCUCGCGCUGCGCAGUCAUCGACUUCGACCUGGAGGCUUUCCCUUCCCACGUGAGCGACGAGAGCAUCACAGCAUAUCGCCCGCUCAUCAUACAGCACGCGUUAUCUCGCGUAGGCGGCGUCAUCUUCGCGGAGCCUAACCAGCGCUGGACGGGCUCGCCAGCCUCUCUCACUGCACUAUGGACGCGAGCGGCGCACUCUGGCGUCCUGGCGUACCCUAGACGCGCCGCUGUGACGUCAUUCACUCAUCCGCGCAUGUUUCAUUAUUUGAACGCGGCGCUAGAUGACUUCCUCUUUGUCCAGAUGUUGGAGCUCACAAGGUUGUUGGUAGCGGACACGCCGGCGGUGAAGGAGGUGAUGCGGCCGUGGGUGCAGUGCGCGCUUACCCAGGACUGCAUCAUGCCUAUAGGUGCUCAAGCAGCAGGCGGUUGUCGUUUCGACAAGAAGCCGCAAUACCGCUACUCGGGCUGCCACGGGCAGGACGCCUCGGCCCUUAGCAUCAUCCUAGGGCUCCGCUCGGGCUUCGAGGAGAGCUCGUACGCGCCCCGAGGGACCGUGGCCUGGAGGCGCGAGGAGCAGGCUACCGCGACCGGGGCGCUGGCUGCGUUACAGAAAAAUGCCACGGACGAAUCCAGGACGGAUCGGAGUGAGCGGCAGGUGAGCUUGCCACAACAAUAG